AGCUGUGAUUGACAUCGAUGCGUCAAAAGGGGAUAUAAAAACAGCUGGUGUCAAGGGACGAGAAGUAUUCAUCCGAAUCUGUUGCUUUUUUAUAAGAGCUUUGUACCGAAUCCUUGACUGUGGUUGGGAAGAUAUUCUCAAAAUGUUAAUAAUUACUACAUCAUCGGAUUCUAGCAAAUGUAGUUACCAUAUUUUAUAUGCAUCCGUUCUUCUUAUUAAUCACCAUAAACUCAAAGCAUUUACGGAAUUAGUAUAUACCAUAACUGGGGAAAAAUUUGGCAAGUAUAUUGAUAAAGGAUUACCUGGUCAAAAUUUUAACCUUUGUCUUAUCAGUUCAGCAAAAAAAGUUCAGCCACCUUCUAGUUUAGGACUUGAAGUAAGACCUCGAAUACUUA